CCUGGUCCGCCCCCAAGUUGCAGCACGAGCCAUUUAGCAGUACGAGCUGGGCCAGCUGUAGAGCGCGCGGGCGCGUGUGCGUGCCCCCCUCACUACCCCUGCCCCCACGCGGACAAAACCAUUACCAAAUAGAGCCCGAGCGCACGCGGAGCGAUGGCUGCAGCAGCGGCGGCAGCAGCAGACCUGGAUUGUGUUUACGACGCAGCGCACGAGAGCGGCAUAACCUCGGGAGAAACGGACACCGCGCGCACCCGAUUUCUAAACGCACAAUCAUUUACGCGCAGUGUCUGCCAGUGAGCCCGCGAGGCUGCUUCAUCAGCCCGUCUGACGUCUCCUUCCCUCGGCGAGGAUCCGCGCGGUCUCCCCGCUCGGUUAACCGUUGUUGUGGAGCGCAGCUGCAAGCGACACCGAUCAGCGUGAUCACACAUGAGGAGCGCGAGCGAACCGUGGAAACCAUUCAUCUCCACCGUCAAAAUACCACGCACGCGACGCCAGCGCGCUGAUACUGGAAUCUAGAGCGGCCCCCCGGUGCCCCAUCCAUCCAUCUAUCCAUCCAUCCAUCCAUCCAUCCAGCGGCGCUGCGCUAAGCGGGGGAACCCGAGAGCAUCCCUCCAUCCCACCCUGCCUGUCCUCCCCCUCCUCCUCAUCAUAUGUCAGAGCUCCAGGGGGGUCUCAUCUAAGUCAGGGACCAGGGGGGAGGAGGAGGGAGGCUGUUCGUGGCCGCGGUAGACGCACCCUCCGCGAGGUGAGGCUGGGCUGAAGCGCCGCUGUGUCGGAGGAUGCUGCGGGAGUAGAGCGGCUCAGAGCGGAAGAUGGGAAAGGACCAGGAACUGCUGCAGGCGGUGAAGACCGAGGACCUGCUCACCGUGCAGAAACUGCUGCAAAGGCCCCGGCCAGGGAAAGCAAAGCUCCUCGGUUCUGCAAAGAAAGUGAAUGUCAACUUCCAGGAUACAGACGGGUUUUCUCCGCUGCAUCAUGCGGCGCUCAACGGGAACCUGGAGCUCAUCACUCUGCUGCUGGAGUCACAGGCUGCUGUCGACAUCAGAGACCACAAAGGUAUGCGGCCUCUGCACUACGCAGCCUGGCAAGGGAAGGCGGAGCCCAUGAAGAUGCUGCUGAAAUCUGGUUCGUCUGUCAACGGCCAGUCAGAUGAAGGACAGAUUCCUCUCCACCUGGCGGCGCAGCACGGCCACUACGACGUGUCGGAGAUGCUGCUGCAGCACCAGUCCAACCCGUGUAUCGUGGAUAACGCAGGGAAAACACCUCUGGACCUGGCCUGUGAGUUCGGCAGAGUCGGGGUGGUCCAGUUGUUGCUGUCCAGUAACAUGUGUGCUGCUUUGCUGGAGCCCAAAAAAGGAGACACCACCGACCCCAACGGGACGUCUCCUCUCCACCUGGCCGCCAAGAAUGGACACAUAGACAUCAUCAGACUGUUGAUCCAGGCAGGUAUCGACAUCAACAGACAGACCAAAGCAGGCACGGCCCUGCAUGAAGCUGCCCUGUGUGGGAAGACCGAGGCAGUGAGACUCCUGCUGGAGAGUGGGAUCAACGCCACAGUGAGGAACACCUACAGCCAGACGGCUCUGGACAUCGUCUACCAGUUCACUGCAACACAGGCCAGCCGAGAGAUCAAACAGCUGCUGAGGGAUGCUUCAGCGGCCCUUCAGGUUCGGGCUCUGAAGGAUUACUGCAACAACUACGACCUGACCAGCCUCAACAUUAAAGCAGGGGACGUCAUUACGGUUCUGGAGCAGCACCCAGAUGGACGCUGGAAAGGCUGUAUCCAUGACAACCGGACAGGAAACGACCGAGUCGGCUACUUCCCUUCCACCAUGGUGGAGGUCAUCAGCAAGCGCACAGGUUUGGCCAGCACAGUCAUUUGCACUCAACAGUUUCAAAAGAUACCGCUGGUUCCUCCGGCGACGGUUGCCCCUGCCAACGCGGUAGUCAACGGCAACGACACCACGUUCCAUCAGAUCCAUAUCCUGCCUCCACCGCCUCCUCCUCCACCACAUUCCCAUCAGCCACUGCUUCCACUUUUCACUUCCUUUGGCUAUAACAAGUCGCCCGUGACAACCCCACAGGGAGACACACCCACUGCCCCAGGUUGCCGCGGCUCAGAGGCAAGUCCUCACAGCUCUCCCACCACAUCCAGCGGGCCCCAUGGAGGCUCCAACGAAGAGAUCUGGGUACUGCGCAAGCCCGUGGCAGGUGGAGACCGCAGCAGCAUGGGUAGUUCUGGCAGUGUGACCAGUGUGAGGUCGUCGGGCAGCGGUCAGAGCGCUGGCAGUGCUGCACACAUCCUCCACGCACAGGCUGAAGGGGUAAAGCUUCUUGCCACAGUGUUGUCCCAGUCUGCCAAAGCCAAGGAGCACCUACUGGAGCAGUCCAAGUCUGUGGACCAGCCUCCAGGCUCCGCAGGCUCCUCUCGGACAUCGAGCCAAUCGGGUUGUCCACUCCACGAAGCGCCGCCUUACGACGCCACGGCAACCAGGAAGGGGGAGGGGCAAGGCGAGGGGAAGAGCUCAGAGGCCGUUGUCCAAUGGCUGAGCGACUUUCAGCUGCAGGUCUACGCUCCAAACUUCCUGGGCGCUGGGUAUGACUUGCCCACCAUUAGCCGAAUGACCCCGGAGGAUCUGACAGCUAUCGGAAUAACUAAACCAGGUCACAGAAAGAAGAUGACAUCAGAGAUCAACAAGCUGAGUGUCAGUGAGUGGCUGCCUGAGCACAAACCUGCCAAUCUAGGAGAGUGGCUGUCUGCUAUUGGUCUGAGCCAGUACCACCAGGUGUUGGUGCAGAACGGUUACGAGAACAUUGAGUUCAUCACUGACAUCACCUGGGAGGACCUGCAGGAAAUAGGCAUCAUUAAACUUGGCCACCAGAAGAAGCUGAUGCUGGCGGUGAAGCGACUGGCUGAAAUGCAGCGCAGUUCAGAUGGGCGGGGCUCCCUCAGAAAGAAACCCCCGCCAAUCACACAGCAGCAGGACGUCAUGUCAAUGGAGAGCCCGCCUCCAGACGAAAUCAUGUCUCCAAAGAUGAGCACUUUCCAGGACAGCGAGUUGAGCACCGAGCUACAGAGUGCCAUGACCCAGCCAGGUCAGGAGGUCAAAGCUCAGCGAACACGCAGCAAAGACCACGAUGAGGUGAUGACAGGUGGAGGAGGAGGAGGAGGAGGUGCUGGGCCACCUAAGAAGGAGGCGCGGACUAUGAGGCAGCAGAGCAGCCAGGGAAGCACCUCCUCUCACAGAGGCAGCGUCUCCUCUCAAGGCAAACACCGUCACUCCCACUCCCAUUCGCAGCCUGCGCCUCCCUACACGCCGCCUCACACCCCCACCAAGACCAGGACCUCCUCUUCCUCGUCCACCUCCUCCGUCCAGAGCACAGCUUCCCCGCAGGCCAAACACAAGCCGUCCCCUCAGUUCAUCCAGGGGGAGAGACCUCAGUCGCCGCGCUCCCACCCUCCUCAGUCUCCAACCCAACGCGGACCACCAUGUAACCAGCUUCCGCCUCAGCAACAACAGCAGCCUCAAGUCCAGCCGCAGCACCAGGCGCACCCUCAGCACCACCCACAGACACAGGUGAUGGAGGUCAGGGAGAACCAACAACAACAACAGCAACAACAACAACAGCAACAGCAACAACAACAACAACAACAACAACAACAACAGGUCCCGGUCCUCUGCCUCCCACCAGAGGCGGAGCUGGCUGAGGGAGAAGAAGAGCCUUCAGCGCUCCAGAAGAAACGCGCCCACAGCCUCAACCGAUACGCUGUCUCAGACGGUGAGUGUGACGAGAGGGCAGGUGGAGGCGGAGGACGAGAGGGAGAUGCAGAGGUGGUGGGAGGUCAGGGCUCUGCCGUCGUCAGAGCAGACGGAGUUAAGUACGCCACGGUGACCCACCGCGUCAGUCGCAGCCACUCCGUCCGCAACCAGGACAAGACCGUCGGCCGGAAUCAGACGCAGUCGUUUGCUCUGCGUCAGAAGAAAAAAGGCCCGCCCCCACCGCCGCCCAAACGCUCUAGCUCUGCGAUCUCCACCUCCAACUCCAACCUGACAGAAGCGAACGCGCAGCCGCAGAUGGUCACCACCACGGGGGGGAUGCUGGACGUGCCUUACCACCAACAGCGACGGGCCAGCGACCUGGGAGUGUCUGUGGAGGCCGCUAAUGUGGAGACGAGCAGCGUGGGUAGUGUGAGGAGCAUCGCCGCCAUGUUGGAGAUGUCUUCCAUAGGGGGUGGAGCCAAAGGCAUGGCGCUGCAGAAAAACUUCCUGCAGGUGGGAAAAACACGUGACGCCAUUGGUCUGGAUGGCGAAGUGGUGAACAGACGGCGGACCAUUAGUGGCCCAGUAACGGAGCUAGUGGCGGCUGCCAGGCGUGACCAACCAGCUCCCUCUGCUUUCCCCGCUCCCUCCGUCCAGCCUGAAACCUCCCCUCCCCCUGUAAACUCCUCCUCCCCCAACCCUCCGUCUUCCCCCCACCCUAGCUCGGGAGGCAGCGGCAGCUCAUCGGAGAACCUGCCAUUUGCAGACGAGGGAAAUCUGACCAUCCGCCGCCAGGGUCGAGGAGAAGGAGAAGGACAGUGUGUAUUUUGUGUCUGUCUGCAGGGCGACGGCGAGGCUCCCCAGGGAGACGGAGGCUACGCGCAGGAGGACAUCUCCAGGGUCGAGGGCACAGGGACCUUGAAGCGACGGCCCCGCAGCAGCUCCAAGCCCCACCCCAAUGGCUCCGACUUCACCCUCCAGGAGUCGUCCACCGUCAAGCGACGGCCCAAGAGCCGCGACAAGGAGCCAGAGGGCUACACAGACAUGGCCGCCAACGGAGAGCCUGUGGCGACUGGGCAGCCGAACACCACGCAGCCAGUGCCGUACCAGAACGGCACAGCCACAGUGAAACGCCGCCCGGUGUCUGAUACUGGAGUGACGGAGCAGCCGCAACCUCAGCCUCAACCGCAACAAGUAACGGCUGCUCCUCGCCGGGACUCUGUGGACCAAUCAGCUCCAGUGGCCAAUGAAGGAGGUCCAAUGAGAAAACCAAAGCCUCCGGUUUCCCCGAAGCCUGUUGUGGCUCAGAUUAAGAGACAGGGAGGUCCACCAACGCCCCCGCAGCCUGUCUCCAACAAGAGAGUCCCCCUGCCGGGCCCGGGGACGCCUGGAAGCCCAGUGGAAGGAAAGAAGAUCCCUCCUCCUGUCUCGCCUAAACCGACGCCUCCGCCCACGGCACCCAAACCGGCUAAGCUCAUCCACUCGAUGACCAGCCCCCCCUCUCCGACCCCGGCCCCGAAUCCGGCGAACGCUCCAGUGAAGCAGCACCCUGCGAUGGCCCGACAGACCAGCUCACCCCCCUGCUUCCCCCCUUCCAACAUCCCCAGCCCGCCAAACACCAAGCCACUGAGCCCAUCUCCCCAGAGCCCCCACACCCCGCAGACCCCGCCCACACCACAGACGCCCCAGACCCCUGCCACUCCCAGCCCGACCCCACCACCUGUCAAGCCCCCUCGCUCCUCCAUUGGGGGUGUGUCUGUGGAUAGCGGGAUGUCAGGAGGCGGGGUGACGGCGCCGGUCGCGACAACGCCGGACUUCAGUGUGGAUUCUUUGGUGCAUCAGAAACUGGAGGAGACGAGUGCGUCACUGGCAGCGGCUCUGCAGGCUGUGGAGGAUAAGAUACUGCGGCAGGAUGACUCUGUGGCCGAGCAGAAGACCACGGUCAGCAUCCUCGACGACAUCGGCAGCAUGUUCGACGACCUGGCCGACCAGCUGGACGCCAUGUUGGAGUAACCACAGAAACCAGUCAGCGUGUCUCCACGGCAACGUUGCAUCAGGAGUGACUCAGACGGCACAAUGGGCAACAACAUGCCUCUCUAUUCCUCUCUCUUUCUCUCUUCAUCCUCCUUUCUCUGUCGUGCUCAUCCCCCUCUCACUCCUCCUGCUGUCCGUCCGUCCAUCCGUCCGUCUAUCGCUGCUGCUCUGGAACACCUCCUCUCUCCUCCUCUUCCUCUCAUCUCCUGUCGCUGACGAUGAAAAUGACGGAGCAGCGCCACAAGCCUGGACAGACGUGUGGCAGAGAGAAUGAAGAGAGAGACGCUGACAAAGAGAGAGGCUUUAAUGAAACAAAAAAAAAGGACUGAUGUGGAGAGGAAAAAAAAAAUCACAAGACAGAGAGACGAAGAAGAAAUGCAACAAGAUGGAGGAGACUGCAAUCAAAACGUGGGUCUUUUCAGAACUCCACACGGACUCUUGAAGCUCCGACGGCGAACAAAUAAACUAAACUAAUACUGAUUGAAAAACCAACUGUGUAUGAAUCAUAGUCUGGUAUGUGUACAUUCUAAGCAUGGAGAGUUUAUAUCUACUGAAAAAGUCCUGCAUUAGCACAGUAAUAUAUAUAAUAUACCGAUAAAUAUGAAUCUCUAGCUCUUUGGUUUGAUGUCUUGGUUCUGUGUGGAAUGGUGACCUCUGGUGUUGUGACGAUGUAAAUGACUUGGUGGAAAGAUUUUUAUCUGUGACCAAAACGAGACUAUUCAGCUCCUGAGGUGUGUGUGUGUGUGUGUGUGUGUGUGUGUGUGUGUGUGUGAGAGAGAGAGUGUGUGAGUGUGUGAGAUAGGGACAGUGUGACAGAUGUGUGCGUGAGAGCAUGUUGGAAUUUCAGGAUCAGAUUCAGUCCUGGCUGCGUUCAAAACACUCUGCUGCAUCCUCAUCAUCACCCCCAACACACACACACACACACACACACACACACACACACACACACACACACACACACAC